CUGGGCAGGGCAAGGGAAUGGGAAGGGAAAAGUGAUUUCACCCUAGGUUUGGUAGGAAGAAGCGAGGGGAAGGGUGAGUGGGAGUCAGGGCACAACAGGCCUUGAAAAUCGGGCUGAGGAGUUUGUAUUUCCUCCUGAUUGUGAUGGGGAGCUAUGGAAGGUUUCUAAGCAGGGGAGUGGUACUGUCAGAUUUGGGUUUGAAAACGAUUCCUCUGGAUUAGUCAGAAUCAGGGGGCUGGCUCAGCCAAGCUCUCUAGGUCAAGGCUGAAGCAUACACAUUUUUAAGGGGUGAAGGAGGUGAUUUUGAGCCUGGGGCACUGAGGAGGGGGUGGUGGCUAAGGCCCAGGAAGGAAUGCUCCUGAACUUGAAAGGGUCCAGCUCCCCAGGAAGAGCUUUCAGCCUUGAUAUGACCUGAUUCAGCUAAACAAAGCUGGGGGGUUGGGGGGAACAAGACCUGGGGGACUUGUCGGCUCACUGCCCCUGAGGUAACCAUUAAUCCCUCCCCUGGGGGAAUCCAGAGGCUGUUCCCUCAAGGAGCAGAUUCUUGGGCAGAAUGGAGGAACACACGGAGGCAAGCUUGGCACCAGAGCUGGUGGACCAAAGGGUCCUAAUCGACAAUCCUGCUGACAUCCUGGUCAUUGUUGCAUAUUUCCUGCUCGUGAUUGGUGUCGGCUUGUGGUCCAUGUGCAGGACCAACAGAGGCACUGUAGGCGGCUACUUCCUGGCAGGACGAAGCAUGGCAUGGUGGCCGGUUGGGGCCUCUCUCUUUGCCAGCAACAUUGGCAGCGGCCACUUCGUGGGCCUGGCGGGAACCGGCGCUGCAAGUGGCUUGGCUGUGGCUGGAUUUGAGUGGAAUGCGCUGUUCGUGGUGCUGCUACUCGGCUGGCUCUUCGCUCCGGUGUACCUGACCGCGGGUGUCAUGACGAUGCCGCAGUACCUGCGCAAGCGCUUCGGUGGCCAUCGUAUCCGCCUGUAUCUGUCCAUGCUCUCGCUUUUUUUGUACAUCUUCACCAAGAUCUCGGUGCGCAUGCGUGGCGGGUGGUCUAGGGGCCCUAGAAGGGCGGGGCCACCAAGUGGAGAUCUCUGGGGAGCCCUGGAGGGUGCCGGACCAAGGAGAAAUCACUGUAAGAAUCACGAUGGAGGCGCCGUCUCCAGCUACUUGGCACCGCCUGUGUCCGCUGUCUUCGUGCUGGCGCUCUUCGUGCCCCGCGUUAACGAGAAGGGCGCCUUCUGGGGACUGAUUGGGGGCCUGUUGAUGGGCCUGGCACGCCUCAUUCCGGAGUUCUCCUUUGGGUCGGGCAGCUGCGUGCUGCCCACGGCAUGCCCAAUGCUCCUCUGCAGUGUGCACUACCUCUACUUUGCCAUCGUGCUCUUCGUCUGUUCAGGACUCCUCGCCCUCACGGUCUCGCUGUGCACUGCACCCAUCCCACGCAAGCAUCUCCACCGCCUGGUUUUCAGUCUACGGUACAGCAAGGAGGAACGGGAGGACCUGGAUGCUGAUGAGCGGGAAGGCUCCUCACUCCCUGUACAGAAUGGGUGCCCAGAGCACGCAGUAGAGAUGGAGGAGCCCAAUUCCCCAGCACCAGGCCUGUUCCGCCAGUGCCUGCUUUGGUUCUGUGGAAUGAGCAGGAGUGGGGCAGGUGGUCCUCCAUCCCCUACCCAGGAGGAGGUGGCUGUGGCAGCCAGGCGGCUGGCGGACAUCAGUGAGGACCCGGUCUGGGCUCGUGUGGUCAACCUCAAUGCCUUGCUCAUGAUGGCUGUGGCCACAUUCCUCUGGGGCUUUUAUGCCUAAGGCCAGCUGUGUUAGACACUGUG